AUGAAGAAAGUAGUGUUGAAGCUGGAUAUUUAUAAUGAUAAAAUCAAGCAAAAAGUUAUGAAGACAGCGUCUAGUCUUUCAGGGGUUGAAUCAAUAUCAAUAGACAUGAAUGAGAAGAAAUUGACACUACUAGGAGAUAUUGAUCCGGUAAAGGCAGUUUCCAAGCUACGAAAAUUGUGUCAUACUGAAAUAGUUUCUGUUGGACCUCAAGAAGAGAAGAAGGAGUCAACAAAUGUAUCUAUUCCUAUAAACUCCUUUCAACCCUAUCCAUUCUAUUAUCAAGUAUAUUAG